CCGGGCUCUCCGCUGCAGCGGGCGAGGAGACAGGGAGACGGCACCGGAGAUGGCACCGGGAAUGGCUCUUGCCCUCCGCGCAUGCCCACAGGCUCUGGGGAGCGGUCGGGCAGCGUUCCGUCGCCAGGGGGCGCUUUUCGUCCGCCGAGCGGAGAGGGCGGCAGCAACGGGAGCUCUGCGGCGGAAGUGACAGCGGCGGCGGGGCAGGGAGAGAGUGAGAAGAAUGGGCUCUGUGUCGGAGGAGCUCAGACUGGUUCCCCUGCACCAGAGGCCGGAGCUGCUGGAGGCCUGCGCCGAGCUGCUGAGCGAGGAGUGGGGGAAGAGCCGGGCCUCGCGGCUCCACACGCUCCAGCGCUCCUCGGAUUCCUUCCCCACCUGCCUGCUGCUGCUACGGAGACAGGGUCCCACCGAGGCCCCCACUGCAGCCCCUGUGGGUCCCUGCCAGCUCGUGGGUCACGUCCGGCUGUCCCGCGUGGCCGGCCGGCCCCACGACCUCUUUGUGGAGAGCGUGGUGGUGGCCCGGGCGCUGAGGGGCCAGGGCUACGGGCGGCAGCUGAUGGAGGCCACCGAGCGGUGGGCCCGGGCCCGGGGCUUUGGCUGCCUGCACCUCACCACCCACGACAAGCAGCACUUCUACGCCCACCUGGGCUUUGUCCUGGGCGAGCCAGUGCAGAGCGUGGCCUUCCUCAGCCCCACCAUACCUGCCGAGGUUCUGCGGCUCUUCUCUACCCCUCCUGGCACUGCCACCGCCAUCGCCGCCAGGCCAAGGGUGCCCUCCACACCCCCACCACCCCCUCCCCCUCCUCCUGCUGCCCCACCACCACCCUCUUCACCCUCUGUCAUCUGGGCGAGGGGUGUGCUGGCCGAGGAUGGUGGGCACAGCCUCCUGGAGACCCCUUACCGCGAUGCCAAAGGGCUGCCCAUCUUCUGGAUGAAGAAGGACAUCUGAGAGGCCGGGGCCUCCAACUGGGUGCUGGCCUUGCAGGCAGUGGGCAACACAGGAUGAUGCCAGCGCUGGCGCUGUGGGCCUGCCUGGCACUGGGCAUGGCCAGCAAGGAGAGCCCGGCCCCGGGGCCGCUGGCAGGUGGCCAGCCCUUCGCUGUGGUGUGGAACAUCCCCACCAGCCGUUGCCAGCGCCGCUUCGGUGUGGAGCUGCCCCUUGGUGAUUAUGGCAUCGUGGAGAACCAGGAUGGCCACUUCAUUGGUCAGAACAUCACCAUCUUCUACAAGAACAAGUUCGGGCUGUACCCCUACCUGACACGGCAGGGCAUCCCCCUCAAUGGGGGCAUCCCCCAGAGGGUCCCCCUCAGUGCCCACCUUGCCAGGGUGGCUGGGGACAUCCGUCUCCUCCUGCAACCCACUUUCCGCGGCCUGGCUGUGGUGGACUGGGAGGAGUGGAGACCCCUCUGGGCCCAGAACUGGGGGGCCAAGCGGAUUUACCGCGCGGCCUCAGAGCAGUGGGUGCAGGACCGGCACAGCCUUAUGCCAACACAGCGGCGGCUCCAGCUGGCCCAGUGGGAGUUCGAGCAGGCAGCACAGGUUCUGAUGGAGGAGACGCUUCUGCUGGGCCGAACCCUGCACCCAAAGGGGCUUUGGGGUUUCUACCGCUUCCCUGACUGCCUCAAUGGCAACUGGGCCAAGGAGGCCAACUACACCGGGCAGUGCCGGCCGGCGGAGGUGCAGCGCAACAACCAGCUGGGCUGGCUCUGGGCUGCCUCGGCUGCCCUCUACCCCAGCAUCUAUCUGCCGCCUGCCCUGCCGCCUGCCCUGCGCCGCCGGUACGUGCACCACCGGCUGCGUGAGGCCUUGCGCGUGGCCGCCUUCGGCACUGGUGGCCUCCUGCCUGUGGUCGCGUACUCCCGGCUCUCCUUCCGCCGCUCACCCCAAUUCCUAGAGCUAGCUGACCUGGUACACACCAUUGGGGAGAGUGCGGCACUGGGUGCAGCUGGACUUGUGCUCUGGGGAGACAUGUCGUACUCCCACUCAGCUGAUAGCUGUGCCAGCCUGCGCCACUACCUCGUGUCCAUCCUAGGUCCCUACGUGGCCAAUGUGACAGCAGCAGCCCGGGAGUGCAGCUACAGGCAGUGCCACGGCCAUGGGCGCUGUGUGCGCCGCCAGCCCCAUGACCUGGGCAGCCUCCUGCACCUCAGCACCAGCUCGCUGGAUGCUUUCCGUUGCCACUGCUACCGUGGCUGGGCUGGCAAGGGCUGUGCCCAGCAGGUCCAGUCCAGCCCUGACACUUCCUGCCUGCCGCCCACUCAUGCUCAUGGCCUCUAUGGGCACAAUGACCUCCCACCCUCUGACAUCUGCGGGCCACUGGACCCUUGGGGACGGUGACCAGGGCUGGGGACCUCUGUGGUCCCCUACACCAGCAGUGCUGCUUCCUAGCUCUUCCUACAGUCUUGUUAAUUUAAAUAAAUCCUUUUGGCACA